UUGGGAAAAAUCUUGUCAAAAAAGUGCACUUUUGUGUGGGGAUUGUGCGUGUGCUGGCUGUGUUUUGACACCGUCUUCCUCUGUCGUCGGGAACGGACUCAAACAUACAAAACCAGAUGACAGUAGGAUGCGUUCUGAACUGCUAUUUUUUAUUAUAGUACUUUAUGUAACACCAUCUGAUUGCGCACGCAGACUUAAUAGGUUCGUAAGGCACUAUGAACCUUUGAUGUACAAUCACAAUGACGUCCACGAACGUCACGUCCGCAUCAAGCGGUCGCCAUUUGAUCAUGACGCUGCUCUUCACCUCAAAUUCCACUCACACAACAGGCAUUUUCAUCUCAGGAUAAAACGGGACACGUCGGUAUUCAGCAAUGACCUUGUGAUAGAAUCGCAUGACAGGAAGCCACUGGAUGUGGACUUAUCAAACAUUUACUCUGGACAUUUGUUGGGUGACCCCUCCAGCCAUGUGUUUGGAGCCCUGCACGGCGGCGUCUUCGAGGGGCGCAUCGAGACUCCCACGGGACACUUCUACGUGGAGAGGUCGGAGAAGUAUUUCGACGACGUCAAGCCAUACCACUCGAUCAUGUAUGCUGCAAGCGACGUGGAACUGCCGGGCUCCGACAACGACACCCAUUCCGGCUGUGGCGUCGUGGAUGGUGUCAAGCGGUGGAUGGAGAAGGUGUCGACCAGUGCGGUGCCUGAACAGAAAGACCUAGGGGGGCCGCGCAGCCCACGCACAGCGCGCUCUGCGUCCGGCGCAGAGUCGCACGCGGGAGAGGCCCCCCACGCCAAGUACCUGCGCAGCCCCUCGGGGGCCCUGGCUUCCCCGGCAAACUACCUGCCCAACCGGCGGGUGUGCAACCUGUUCGUCCAGACGGACACUUUCCUCUGGGACCACAUUACGAACACGGGCAAGGACGAGAUCAAGGCCCGCGAGGAGAUCUCCUCCCUCAUCGCCCAGCACGUGGAGGCCGCCAGCCGCAUCUACCGCAGCACCAACUUUGGGGGCAUCCGAGACAUCAAGUUUGCCGUCCAGCGCAUCAGGAUAAAUGACAGCACUGCCUGCUCUGGGGAAAGAAAUCGCCGCAUCAACCCGUUUUGUGCGGGAAACCUGGACGCCUCCAACUUCCUCAACCUCAACUCACUGUCCAACCACGAUGACUUCUGUUUGGCCUACGUCUGGACAUUCAGGGACUUUCAGCACGGCACCUUGGGUCUGGCAUGGGUGGCCUCUGUCAACGGGGCCUCUGGAGGAAUCUGUGAGAAGUACAAGACCUACUCUGAAAACAUCAAUGGCAAAUCUGAAAAUGUCAAGCGCAGUCUCAACACUGGGAUCAUCACGUUUCUAAACCACAAUGCCAAGAUACCACUGAAGGUCUCCGAAAUCACCUUUGCCCAUGAGAUUGGCCACAACUUUGGCUCACCGCACGACUACCCUCCCGAGUGUGUUCCUGGUGGCUCUUUUGGAAACUUCAUCAUGUAUGCCAGUGCCACCCAGGGACACCAGUCCAACAACCAGAAGUUUUCUCCUUGCAGCGUGCGCAACAUUUCGCACGUGUUGCACGCCAUCUUCAGGGGCGAGCAGAAGGAGAACUGCUUCCAGGACUAUGAGGGUCCAUUCUGCGGGAACAAGAUAGUCGAAGGCAACGAAGAGUGCGACUGUGGCUACGAGGAGCAGGAGUGCAUGGAGAACUGCUGCUAUGCCAGGGAGAACAGCGAAGGCAAGAAGGGUUGUACUCGCAAGCCUCAUGCUAUCUGCAGCCCAAGUCAAGGUCCUUGCUGCACAAAGUUGUGUGGUUAUGAGAAGGUAAACAAGCUAUGCAAACUGGAAUCUGACUGCACGGAGCAAUCAUUCUGCAAUGGAGUCCAGGCGAGCUGCCCCAACCCGGUGCACAAGCGCAACAAGACGGAGUGCAACAACGGCACCCAGGUGUGCUGGAGCGGGGAGUGCAGUGGCUCCAUCUGCGAGAAGUACGGCAUGGACGAGUGCUUCUUGACAGCCGACACAGACCCAUCUCCGGACAAGAUGUGCGAGGUGGCCUGCCAGGAGAAAGAUCGGCCCGAGACGUGCAAGAGCACAUACGACAUAGAGCGAAUGCGGGAGAUCCGGGGCAUCAAGCUGCGACCGGGCUCGCCCUGCAACAGCUUCCAGGGCUACUGCGACGUGUUCCAGAAGUGCCGCAACGUGGACGCGGAGGGGCCCCUGGCCCGGCUCAAGCGGCUGCUCUUCGACAAGCAGUCCCUGCACACCGUCAAGCAGUGGGUCACGCUCAACUGGUGGGCCGUGCUGCUCAUGCUGAUAGCGCUCAUAGUGGUGAUGGCGGUGUUCAUCCGCUGCUGCGCCGUGCACACCCCCAGCAGCAACCCCCGCAGGGCCCCUGCCCUCAGGAUAGCGGACACACUACGCAGGCCGGGGGACACCUUCCGGAGAAAGCGCCGCCUUCCCCCCGAAGCGGCAGUCCCCGGGGGCCCUCCCCCUCCGUACCCGGGCCCUCGCCCCACGGCCCCCCCGGCAGGGCCGUCCCAUGGCUAUGGCCAGGGGAGGGGUCACUACAGCCGGGGCGUAGCCUCCUCGUCCUCUUCGGGACCCUCGUCGUCGCGGCAACCGGGCCACCUUCCCCCUGAGGCCGUGGAGCUGCGUCCCGCCAAGCGUCGCCUUUGACGCACGCACCGCACGCCCGGAUUCCCUCUCAGCCCGGCUGCCGCAGACGCCGCCACUGCCAAAUGUACCGAGUCCUCGCAGGGGCACCGCGGAGGGGAGGGAGCGGGGAGUCUAGGGGAACUGUCGACGGUUCUUAGGGUAAGGGUUAGGGGAAAUGUGUUGGGAAAAGACUCUUAGAGUUCUCCGGUGCGACGCUCUUGGGCAUUCCUGGCAGGGGCAAAAUGUGCGAUCUCCAGCUGCGUCCAUUGUGUCACGAGCCAAGGCAUUCUUUCGCGGAAUGACCUUGACUCAACUCGUCCAGAAAGAAGCUUGUAAACCCUGAUGGUAGGCGGUCGGAAGCAGCAACAGAGAGGUACUGACCACCCGCUGUUUUUUGCGGUGUAAUAGAAAUCGGAGCCUUCACGUGCUGCGUGUGGCUGCUUGCAGUUUAUGAUGGAAGAAAAUGGGAAUUCUGCCUUCUCCUUGUUUUUUUCUAUGGACACUGGGCAAUGUCGAGCACUAAAAAAGGGACAAAUGCAACAAAAAUGAACAAACAUGCACCUUGUCUAGGCUCUACAGUGCUUGAUACAUGUGCUUGUGACCAUGACAUGUACUAUAAGGAUCGUGUUGCAGCCAAAAGCUAACAUUACCCCUAAUCACCCGAAGUUGAGAGGCAUAGAUUGAACAAUUAUUGUAUUUUUGAAGAUAAAGAUUUCCUUAGAAGUAUUUUAGCACAGUUUGUGCAAAUGGACUGCUGGAGAUCUCAAGUUUUCCCCCUGAGGGAGUGUUUCCUUUGCGGUGGCAGUAGUGAGGAUGGUGGAGGCCCAAGUGGGGAAUGGAGCGGUGUGUAUGGAAGACAUUGCAGCUCCUCGCAGGAUGCCUGCUUUAAGACUGGGAGAGGAAACUUCUCGAAGGGUGAACAAAAUAUUCUUGCAGCUCUCCCUAGAUGAGCGGUGUUUGAGGUCCACUUUACCACGUUUACGUUUCUGUUGUCAACUAGGUAGUGUACCUUUUUUUAGGAUAGCUAGGUUUGUUUAUUGCAGUAAUACCUUUACCCCUGAACAACUUGCAUGAUUCUUUUUGCUUGUGUGUGUGAUUUUAACAAAAUUGUAUGUAACCUAAUUUUGCUACUUUUUAUUAGAUUGUGCACCCUUUAGUUUUCUUGCAGGCAAACUGCUAUGCAAAAAAUCUAAAGGCAACAUUUUUUUUUUUUUUUUCAAUGUUGGCAUUUUUUUUUUUAAUGUGCUACAGCAGCUGUAAUUUUUUCUUGUCAAGCCAAACACCCAAGAGGUUGUCUAGUCCUCCUGAGAGCCUAGAGCAGCAUCCGUGCUGUGCAAUGCAUUGUUGGGAGUGCAAUACAUAGGGCUGUUCCACGAAGACUAAUGGACUGAUGGUGGAAAUGAUGACAGGACUAGGAGGCAUGGAAAUAGUGUGCAACGUAAUUUAACACUGUUUAAGAACUCACUUUGGGAGAAAUAGACCUUGGUGAACAAAUUUUUGUGGAGAAAGCAUGGCAAACUAGUAUGUGGGGGAGUUUUCUUUUUUAGCUGACAUUUUAAAAAGGUUUUUCCACAUGAACUUUUGCUCUGUCAUUGCAAGUCUUGGGUUUUUUUAUGUCGCAGAUUGAAAUUAUUUAUCUACCCGUUAUUUUCUGACAUGAUCGUUCUUGAACCUACUCAAGUAUGAAUCCUGUUCAAUCCUUUUGCAGUCAUUUGUCAGGUCACACCCAACAGUUUAAUGCAAGUCGUUUGAAACUCUAAAAUAAGUGCAAGCUCUUAAAAAGUUUUUUUUUUUUUUUUAAUGGAUAAGUAUGUUUUUUAUUAGGACCCGUUUGGGGCCUGCGACCACCACAAUGCUUCAUGGCACCAAGUGUGCGUCUGGGGCUUUUUUCUAAGCUUAGCUAUCUAGACCUUCGCAACUCUAAAUGCAGACAGGCUCAAGAAUAGUUAAAAGGCUGAUGCAUGACCAGAAAGGAGGAAAUCCCCUGUAUGGAGGGAUCAUACAUCUCACAAGUUCUGUUUAAUGCUGUCAAAGGCACAAACUCAAGAGUGCAGCCAUGCUAAAGGCUGAAGUUGCACUAGCAUUCGUGCAAGGAAAACACUCUCUGGGGCGACGCUUCUGCGUCCGUGCCUUCCCCGACACUGCACAGAACUCUUGAGAUAGUUACAUUUAGGUGAGGUGAAGGGCGGAAAGGGGGGAUUUUCAGCCGGAUUAAAGUGAUCUUGUGCAUUGGCCUUUAAUGACUGCAAAGGGCUGAUCCUUUCAGUUACAUACAUAAGCUUGGUUCAUCCAGCUCUAUUCAAAAUGAUGACUUUCCGCAGUGUUCCUACCGCUUGAGCGCAUGCCCAGUGCUGCCGCCACAGGUGGCGAACUGUGCAUGAGCUCGGUUAUGUCGUGACACUCUGAGGAUUAGGCAACAAGAACAGUUCUAUGAUCAGCUUCACUUCUACUACAAUUUUCAUGUGUUUCCCUUUUGCAGGUAUAGCUACCUCUAGUUUUAUCUUUUGAAAGCUACAAAGCCACAUGUAGGCUAUACGAAUGUGCAUAUUACUUUGGAUGAUAUUUUGUUUGCGUCUUAAUUUAUUGCUUUUCGUCGCGGGUUUGCCGAUUACUUGCACGUAAGUUUAGAGGAGUUAUUCAUUGAGGUUCAGAUCAAUGAAAGCUUAAAGGGGCAUGAUACCUGUUUUAGUUUUAUGUGUACUUCUCUAUUACAAAUCGUUUCUGCCAUAAGGAUCUCAGUUCUACGUUGCGAGUGAAGUGCUGCCUAUUUCGUGAAGCUCCAGUGGUGUUUUAAUAGUGUUGCAGCACUAAAUUGAAGAUCCUGAGCAUCGAAAUUGAGCUUUUUCAACUAAAUUUGUAGUUCCCGGUUUGGUUUAUUAGAAUGUUGAGUAACACUGUUUGCUAAAUUAAUUUUUCUUGAUUUCUGCAAAGAUUGUGUAACUCUAUAGUCCGUUGCAACCUAAGAACGAAGG